GAUUGCUUGGGCAACAGAGCUAUCUAGUUUCGUUUCGUUUCAUCAUUGACCUUGAAGCUGGCUCUCUCAAUUGCCGUUUGCGUUUUGGUCAGUACGGACAUUUUUGUAGUUGACCCCUGGUUAGAGUGAGCGGACAAAUAUCCAUGGUAUGGUUGUCAUGAGUGAAUUCAGUGACGACUAUGACGCCAUGGAUUCUCUAGAAUACCCAAUAAGGCCUCCUCCGCCUCGUAAUUAUUCUCCAGAACAAGAGUUUCGACUGCCAAGACCUCCACCCCCUUCGGAAGAGUAUGACCCUCCACGAGGAAACCAUCUCCAUCCCAACGGAAAACAUCAGUUAAGUCUCUUGCGCCCGAUUAAACCUCCCAGGCUACAACACAUCCUUAUCAAGAAGAGACAUGACUUGGUCAAGGCGGGCCCAAGACAAUAUGAGGCCAUGGGAGCUCCCGGAGAUGUCACUGACGAAGAUGAUGAUGACAACGACUACGAUGGAUCGGCCUAUAGCACUUUGCUCUCUAACAAAGCUGAAAGCCUUCUCCAGGAAGUGUCUGAAGAUGAACUUGAAAAUGUGGAUGCGGGCGAAACCCCUCGCGGCAAUAAGUCAAUGAUAAUCAAAACGGAUCAUGGUGACCUCAAGUCAAAAUAUAACUACCUCGGCUUUGGUCUUUGGGAGAACACUGAGCCCACUAAACCUUAUCCAAAACCAAGAAAAGCGAGUCCACCGCCCCCUCCACCUAAGUCAGAGCCCAUUUGGUACAAUUGCACUGUGGCGGUUGAGACACACCAAACCAGCAAGGAGAUCGACGAUUUGGUCCACGCUUUCGGGGAUUAUGAUUCCUUACCCGUUCGGACUGUUGAAUUUGGUUUGGCCGGUCAAGAUGUAGCCGAUUUUCAGGGUGACUGCCUAUAUGAACCAUUUGAAAAGGAAGACAUGUCAGAAAUGUUCCGAAGAGCCUUUCUGGAAAAACUUGGACUAAUGGAUGACAACAUUCGUCCCAAGUAUCGGUGUUAUGUUUGCCACGAUUGGAUCAAGGGCCGCAUCAUAACUGCUAUGACCCACAAAUUUCAUCCGGAAUGCUUCGUUUGCACGUACUGCCGGAAUGAGUUCAAAGAGCGAUCCUUCAAGAGUGAUGAUAAUCACCGGCCGUAUUGCUAUGGAUGCUUUGAAAAGCUAUUGGGGCAUUUUGGUACGGCUCACUUCACCCUUAAGACUCCGGUGGCUUAAAUUUUAUCAUUUGAUGUGAAACAAUCUAACUGUGUUCCCCCAAAAACUGAUCAAUAACAUUCUAAUUAGGAAGGAAAA